AUGUCUCAAGAAACCGAAAAUAUUAGUCAGACAACUGAAAACACUAUCCAAGUGCCAACUACAGGCCCUGUAGAGGCCGAAGAACAAAAAGGCAGCUGGAAACGCAUCAAUUUUCAAGAAGAACAAGAUACACCUACAUCCAUAUCCACACCCAAAACUACAACCAUACCCACAAACACAGCUACAAGCGCAGAAUCUGAUACUGAUACUGAUACUGAUACUGAUACAUCUAUACAUACACCCAAGCAAUUGGCACCUCGUCAAGAAAAGCACCAGGGCGAGGAUGAUGAAGAACAAGACGAUGACGAAGAAGAAGAAGAAGAUAUGUUUGUCGACAGCUUGAGUCACGACAGACCUGAGGAGCUAUCUUCUGUUAUCAAUACCCUUCGUGAGAUGGUAGAUGAAACACCAGAGCUAAGGAAAGAUGAAAACGAAUCUAUCAAGAUAGCAGAGAUUGCGGCCAUUUCUCAGGCUGAGGCUAAAAUUGGUUCCCAACAUGAUCUGGUGGUCAUUGCCGAAGAUACCAUACUGGAAGAAGAAGAAGAAGAGGCAGAAAAAGAUGCAGAACAUCAUGACACUAUUGUUCCUAUUGCAAGUGUGCAGGUCACACCGGAAAAUAACAGACUGUCAUGUGAAGACGAUUCAAGAUCUGAUUCAGACAAAACUCUGGAGGUAUCAAACAGUGAGCCAGGAUCACCAAUAACUGAGGAUAAUAGCACAGACAAGUUGAACAUAGUCCUUCCUACCGAAGGAUUCAAUCGGGCUCUCGAUGUUCCCGCUGACAAGAACAUGGCCGACUUUGUAACACCACCAACACCUGGCGCCGCCCCUAAAUCUGACCCUUCACACUAUGACGAUGAAAACGAUUGUAGCCAAAUCUCCAACACAAAUGUGUUUCCAAUUGGACACAUCGAUAUGAAAAAUGUAAAGGCAAACUACAUGGGGCCAAGACAUCAGGAGAAGUAUGAUAUUGAGAUGUUGCACGGAGUGAAUGCUUUCUUCAAUAACAAGUUUUCAAAGGCAAAAGGGAUUUUUGAGAAGCGCGCAAGCAAAGAUCCACUCUAUGCUUUGGGAUUGGGUGCAAUGGCAUUUGUCAAAGCUAUCACUUCUUCUGACUCAUCAGAUACAGAUGUGGCUAUCCAGUCAUUGACAGAAACAUAUGCAUUUGCCAGUGCACAGAUUGAUGAUGCAUGUGCUAAUAAGCCCUUGAUCGAUACUGUAUCACACUACUUUACAAAUCUGAUGGGAUCUAAUCCCACCCACCUUCCAACAAACACAAAGCCAUUGAAACAAGACAAAUACAAAGACCCUCCUAUCUUCAUCUCCAACGGUGCAUUGCGUGCUCAUGUGAUUAGAGCAGAGUGCUGCUUGCUUAUAGGACUUAUUCAUAUGACAAAGGAAUCUGUCGUAGGAUACCUUAAGAUGGGGCUUAAUCUCCGAAGAGCUUACAGUAGUUACAGCUUAGUAUGGCAAGAAUACAAGCGUAUGGGUCAACAUUUCAACAGAUACAUGGAUCAAGACACAAUCUCAGCCAUUCAAUAUGGUAUUGGGUCUGUUCAUCUUCUGCUCUCAUCCUUACCUCCAAAAAUUCUGAAGAUUGUGGCCGCUUUCGGGUGGCAAGCUGAUAAACAUUUAGGAUUCGCCCUUCUUAAGCUGUGCUUGGAAGGAAGACGAAUCAGAUCACCUUUAGCUUCGCUCACUCUUUUAUCCUACUAUGUUAGCCUCACUUCAUGUGCUCCUCAGAUCCUUGCCCGCGAUUUAAUCCAACCUGCAGUAGAAUGUCUCUUGGAUGCUCAGAAAACAUAUCCAAACUCCUCUUUCUUCCUCUAUUUUGCCGGAUGUGUAUCUCGUCUGGCUAAAAAUAUCCCACUUUCCACACAGUCCUUUAUGUAUACCUUCAAGGUUAGCCAGGGAGGGUGGGCAGAGGUAACCAUGGGACACAUGGCCACGUACGAAAUCGCGUUCAACAGCGCCAUGAGUCUUGAUUGGGCAAGUGCAGCUGUCAGAAUUCUCGAGCUUCAAAGCAAGCACACCAACUCUCCGGUAUUCCUCAAGUUCUUCUAUGGCGCCUGUAUGGAAAUGCUAGGAAACCGAACCGAGGCAAUACUCUCCUUUGCUGCCGCCCCUCACGAGACUGACAAGAAAAAGAGAUCACAGGUUGAUCAAUAUAUCUCCCGGAGAGUAGAGUUCUUUGAACAAAGUGGCUAUCAAGAUAUAGACCUGUGUCUGCCUGGACUGGAGAUUUUAUUCUUGUGGAAUUCCUUUGCUAAUAUGACACCCGCUUGCCUUGAAUCCUGUUUGGAGCAGGUAGACACUACUCUGGAGCUUGUAUAUGAACGUGAAAAGCAAGAAUACGAGCUCCGUGUCUUUGAGGUUGCACCCAAUACUCCUCCUCCGGAUUACUAUGAACAGCGCGCAUCGCUCUUGGUUAUGAAGGCUUCCAUUUUAAAUGCCCUUGAAAGACAUCGGGAAGCAAUCGUUCACUUGAAUUGGGUGCUAGACCACAAAGAAAGGAUAAAACCAGUCUCUUGGAUUGUUCCGUUUGCCUACUGGGAAUCGGGUGUUACCUGCUGGGGUGUUCAGGAUUAUAAACGCGCCAGAGCAAUGUGGGAGACCUCCCAAUCGUUUUCCAACUAUGAUCUUGAGUUUAGGUUAUCAAUUCGAUUGAAUUUGGUUAUUACCCAUGCCAUUGAUUUGGGUGUUCCCGAAACCAUUGCCCCAAAGCCCGAGAAAGGGCGCAGUACCCAAGGACGCAAACGCAUGUCUAUUGUCCACAAAUUGACAGGAUCCGUAUCUUCCAAAUAG